AUGCGCUUCCUGGCCGCUCUUUCAUUCCUCGCCACGGUAGUUCUCGCCAAGCCCGAGCAGAUUCGAGGUGUUCGGGAACCCAUCUAUCACCUCUACCUCCAGGCGCAUCCGACCGACCCAACCAAGGUCGUUCUUGGGCCCGAAGCCUCGGCUGAUACUUUUGAGAUUGGCGGCACGAUUGCAUCCAACACCACCAGUCUCUUCAUCAACAUUGGCGACGACAGCACUUCGUACAAGUCUCUAACCUUUGGCGAGAGCGGUGAGACGACGGCGUGGGGCCUUGAGGGCGACACCAUCAUUACGACGACGGGGAGUAGCUAUGGGAGGCAACUGAACUUCUUGGUCUGCGAUUUUAGCGGGGGCUAUUGGGAAGUCUUCCUCCAGACGGGAAGUGACGAGCCUAGCGGGAAGACUUGUAGCAACUACCAAACUAUCCAUCUUCCCUGCCUAUGUUAA